AUAGAUCUCUCUCUCUCUCUCUCUGUCGGGAAAAAGUUGCAGGAAACCCUAAACCGAUCCCAAAUUCGUUGCGGCUGAGAUAUCGAUUGGAUAUGGCAGGUGGAGGAGGUGAUGCGGCGUUACAAAGGCGGACGGGAGUGUGGUGGGACCUGAACACGUGUCCGGUUCCCGAUGGUUUUGACCCUCGUCGUGUGCGUGGGUGCAUAGAAUCAGCGGUGCACAAGCAGAUGGGUCAUCGUUCUAAAGUCGUCAUCUAUGCCAUGGGCAACCUAGAAUACAUCUCUAGUGACCUCUUGGAAGAGAUAGCUUACUCUGGAAUCGUUCUUGUCCACGCUCCCUGCGGUGGGAACGACUUCAGAAAGUUACUGGGCGAAUGGUCUCAGCUUAACCCAUCAUCUCCGGCUUAUACUGUCAUGCUGAUAUCCUGCAAUUAUACGAUGGUUGAUCCUUAUCUUUUUCGGCCUACUCGAUUCACUGCUUUUUGUGUAUAUCCAAAAGAUAGCCGGCCAGUUACCCUUGACCAGCAGCCAGUAGCUCAGAAAGUUUUUGUGGGAGAGUUUGUCUGGGAAACUUUAUUGAAUGACAACAUCACAUGUGAGAUGAUGACCGUGGAUGAAGAUGAACCUCUCUGCAUUUGCGACAUAUGCGAUGACACUUUCGAAAUAUGUGCCGAAUUCAUCACUCAUCUCAAGAGUGAAGAACACAUAAAGGAGUUGUCUGAUAUAGUGCCUAGAGACUCCUGGUACGGUAAGCCUAUGCAUUUUUGCCAUGUUUGCAAUUAUCCCGGCUACGACGAAUAUAACAUGCUCCUCCAUAACCAAAGUGAAGAUCAUCAUCGCAAGAAGAAUCUGGCUGAGAAAAUGGCUCAAGAAGAGGAUUGCGAGAGCAGGAAGAGAAAUCCACAAGUAGAUCUCUUUUACGAGAGAAACAAGAAGCAGUCUCUUUGAACGAGGCAAACAAGCUAGAGUGUGUGCAUGCCCCAUGGGGUCUGUGUUAAGUUUACUUUUGUCGAUUAAUUAAAAUGAAACUCUCAAAGGGGGAUUGAUGAUGAUUGUGUUCUUGGCGAAAAUUAUGGGAGUGUGAGAGAGGAGCCUUAACUUUUUUAUCUCUUUAGGAAACUGUAGGGGAAGGAAACCAAGAAACUGUUACUAAACAUAUUUUUGGCCAUCUCUA